AUGGACAUAAAUUGUAAUGAAACUGGUAAUACAUCAAACUCUUUACAACAUAACAAAAAUUAUCCAAUAGAAGAUACUGAUCUGUUCAGUCUACGUGAAAAGUGUACUACAACAAAGUAUGAAGAAUACAAUCAUAAUAAUGAAUUAAUUGAUAUAUCAUCAUUUAGUGAACCAAAUAAUAUGAACAUGCAGCGUUCAUAUCACGAUGAAAUACAACGUAGUCAACCAUUAUGUAGCAAAAUAGAAAAUUCUCAAAUUAGUAAUAAUAUAUCUGCACAAUCUACAGAAAACAGUAUUCAUUCAAUAGUUUCAUCUCUUAAAGAUAAAUCAGAUAUAUCUUUACUACCAAUAAAUCAAUUUACUACUCCACCUUCAGUUCAAUCAACUACAGGAAUAAAUGACAUCUAUAAUUUUUCAUCAUUACUUUCCAAUUCCACUCUAUGGUUAUCUCAUUUAAUGAAAAAUAGUCAACUAUCGAUGCCGCCUUCAAUAAAUUCAGUCAUAUGGCCAAAUACUAGUUCACAUGUUAAUCAUUUCACAGAAGAAAUGACAAAUUUUAAUUGGCAUUUAGGUUAUAAAAUGAUAAAAGAGUAA